CAGAGUUGUGUUUCUUCCACACCUUAGCAUUGGAGAGUAAACUCCUUAAAUGGUCGUUUCUCAGACACAAAUAAAGCCUCUUUCUUUAUCUGAGUUGGGUAAGAGAUUUGAAGGGAAAGUGGCAAUUGUGACAGCUUCCACUCAGGGAAUUGGCUUUGCCAUAGCACAUAGGCUUGGCUUGGAGGGUGCAUCUGUUGUCAUCUCUUCUCGCAAACAGCAAAAUGUUGAUGUGGCGGCUGAAAAUCUCCAGGCUGAAGGAAUUGAAGUGUUGGAAGUUGUUUGCCAUGUUUCAAAUGCUCAACAAAGGAAGAAUUUGAUAGACAAAACAGUUCAGGAGAGAUUUAUUCUGAUAAGCUAUGCAAUUUAUACCGACAGUGUAUGAGCAUUGAUUUCUUAUUUAAAACACCAACACUUUUUAAUGAGUAAACAUUAUUCACUGACAAUAUAAAGAGUUUUUACUUUUUACACUUUUA